AUGGACGGACCGCACCGCUGUACGUGCUCACGCGGACGUAGUGAUGGACAGGCAGACAGAAACGGACAAACGUACGCAACCAGGCGUACACGUCCGCGCCGUCCGUCCGGUGGCAACCUGUCUGCGGCCGCAGCGCGACCGCGCCGCGGCCGCGAGCGAUUCGCCGCCGCACGAGUGCCGCUAAUCGUUAUUAUAUACCCAUCGCUGUUCUGCGCUCUCUGCGCUGUCCGCGCGCGGCAUGCUCUAUCGCCGCAGAGAACGUCAUCCAUCGCGCGACAUAUGUCCGAUCGUCAACACUCUCUCGUCGGCCGUCAACCAAGCCGUCGCAGCCGCCCAGAAGAAUCUACCCCACAGACCUUCCCAGGAAAACAAUAA